AGGGGAGGCGGAGCUGCCUCGUCGCCGGCGCCCUUCUCCUCCUCGGUGCGCGGCCAAGAGGCACGGGGGUGGCGGGCAGCCCAACUCUGGCCGGAAAGAUGCUGCUGUCGCUGGUUCUGCACACCUACUCCAUGCGCUACGUGCUGCCCACCGCCCUGAUGAUGGGCACCGCGCCCACCUACGUGCUGGCCUGGGGCGCCUGGCGCCUGCUCUCCACGCUGCUCCCCGCGCGCGUCUACCACGAGGUGGACGACCGGCUCUACACCCUCUACCAGAGCAUGGUGCUCUUCUUCUUCGAGAACUACACCGGCGUGCAGAUAAUUCUGUAUGGCGAUCUGCCAAAAAAUAAGGAGAAUGUGGUAUAUAUAUCAAAUCAUCAGUGUACAGUUGACUGGAUUAUAGCAGAUAUGUUGGCCGUCAGGCAAAAUGCUCUGGGACAUGUUCGAUAUGUUUUGAAAGACGGGUUAAAGUGGCUUCCUUUAUACGGGUGGUAUUUUUCUCAGCAUGGAGGAGUCUAUGUGAAACGAAGUGCCAAAUUUAAUGAAAGGAAAAUGAGGAACAAGUUGCAAGCCCAGAUAAAGGCUGGAACUCCAAUGUAUCUUGUGAUUUUUCCAGAGGGAACACGGUACAACCCAGAACUACCAAAAACCAUUGCAGAUAGUCAAUCAUAUGCUGAUAAGGCAGGACUUGCUGUAUUAAAACAUGUACUGACUCCACGGGUGAAGGCUACUCACAUUGCAAUUGAUUCGAUGAGGACCUACUUAGAUGCAGUUUAUGACAUUACGGUAGCAUAUGAAGGUACUGUGGACCAGAAAGGACAAAGGAAAGUGGCUCCAUCCAUGACAGACUUCCUUUGUAAGGAGUGUCCAAGAAUCCAUAUUUAUGUUGAUCGCAUUGCACUCAAAGAUAUUCCUGAAGAACAGAUGUAUAUGAGAAGAUGGCUUCACGAACGUUUUGAAAUCAAGGAUAAGUUGCUAAUAGAAUUUUAUGAUGCAAAAGAUUCUAAAAGAAGGAACAAGUUCCCUGGGAAAUGUGUCCGUUCCAAACUAAGUCUCAAGAAAACUUUGCCAUCUUUGCUGUUUUUAAGUGGGCUGACUGUUGGUAUGCUGCUGACAGAAUCUGGACGAAAACUGUACGUGAAAACAUGGCUCUAUGGAACUUUGCUUGGCUGUCUGUGGGUCAGCGUUAAAGCGUAAGGUUCUGCACCUACAACCAGUGACGUUAUUCUCCUGUCUUGCACAUCACAUCAAACUCUUUCCUGAAUUUAUAAAAUGUAAAUAAAGCCUUAUUAAUGGAACAUUGGAUGAAUUGAGACUUGUGACCUAAAUCUGCCAUGGUCAGUGUGGAGAACAUGUAUAUGUAAUUAUGCUCCUGGUUUUCCCCCCCAGAAAAAGCAAAAGAAAGCCAGAAUUAUAAUGCAUUUUCCCUCUAUGGAUGGAUAUCUAUCUAUCUGCACAUGAUUUAGUAGAACAUGUGAUUAUAGAUAAACAGCUGAAGUGGACCUCUGAAUGUAUUUACUGAUAUUACUUUAGGUUUAUAUAUUUAUUCCUGACCCACGUUCUUUAGUUCACUAUGGAAAUUAUCACAGCUGCGUCACAAACUAAAAACCAAAGCUAAUAUCUCCCAACACAUUUGUUUCCUUUUUUUUCCCUUUUUGAAUUGAGUUUCUCAAAUUUACAAAGCAAUUGGUAGAACAUGAAAAGCUAUUUUUUAAGAAAAAAUAUGGGUAAAAACUCUCCAUGUGGAAAUUACUUUAACAUAUGCAUGAUUUAAUUAUAUAACUAGAUGGCUUAGUUUUUGUUUGCAACAUGUUUAAUUUUAUUCUCGAAAAGGCUUGUGUUCUUGAUUUAAAACACCCUGUGCUGGUGCAUAAAUGAUUUUAUAUAUACAAUAUGUUCAACUAGUAAGUCGAUAAUUGAGGCUGUCUUGGUUGUAACCUACCUAGAUUCGCAAAGAGCAUAUUGGUACAUUUCAGCUACACAAUUAGUUUAAGUCAUAAUAUGUGUGCCAUAAACAGCAGUGCGCAUUCCAGUUUCCUGUUACCCCAGGACCAUUUCACAUGGGGUGUUUUGUCCACAAAGAAAACGAUCGCUUUUAUCAGGAGCAACCAUAUAGUGUUACUUGUGAAUAUUUUGCUGUGAAUACACCAGUUGGGAAACAAGUGUUGGUGAAACAUUGACUUGUGUGAAGUGGUCCUGAGCCAUAUGGAACCAAAUGAAUGUGCCUUGCCAUGAUUGAUGCUGCUGUGCAGCUUGGAGUAUAUUUUAUGGUAACAAGGAACAUCAAUGUGUUCUUGCCAAAAUGUAGACUAUGUGCCUUUUUAAUCUACUGAUCUUAAAUAUAACCUAAUAUUUCACAGCCUGAUCAUUUAACACUGUAAUUUUGGGGUAUUUCCAAAGCUUUUCACAGUUGGCGUGCACUUGAACUUGAAGUAUGCAGUUUUGCACUGUAGAAUAAUAGUGAGAGAUGCAUAUUGUAUUAGUAUUUAAUCCACUCACCAAUGUGUUUUGUAAGAGCCAGUGGUUCUUGUUGCUAUUUGGUGAUAUAUUGGGAAAAUAUUUCCUGUUGUCAUGGGGCUAAUUAUUCUGUAUCAACUAAGGGAAGGGAUUCUAUUUCGUAUCUAUUAUUUUGUAAAAACAAAAAAAUCAAGAUUCCACUAUCAAAAUGGAAAAAGAUUAGAGGCUAUUUUUAUCUUUCCGAGUUUUUUUCACAAGAAGUUUCUGUUGGCCUUGGAAUUGUUUAAGACCCAACAUGAACUAAAAUGCUUGUCUUAGAUUUUUAAAAUAUUAAAUGCGUUUAGCUUCAGCUAUGAUGAGUAAGAAACACCUUGUUCUUGUGUGUUCUCCUGAAAUUGUAUAGUAUACUUCAUUUCAGAUGUUCAUCUAUUUCAUUAUUCUGCCUUCCGGUUACUAGAGCAGACUUGCUGGUUAAUGGAAUAAUCUAUGGAAGAACAAUGUGUUGGGUUUGUAGCCUCUGAGAAAGGAUAUGCUGUCAAUCUCUGUGUCCUAGACCUGCGGAAUUGCCUUCCAGUUUUACUGUAAAGCUUUUUUUGUUAAUGGUUUGCCUAUCAAACAGUCCGGAAACCUAUGGGUUCAACUCUACAACUAAAACAAGCUGCUUAAAUUUAAUGAGGCAGAACAAUUCUUUGGAAGUUGAACAGAAACAUUUCAACUGUUCACAGAUUCCAGAUUAUCUGGGACACAAAUCAUCUCCUUCGUGAAGCUUUAUUUUAAACUUAAUAUCUUUGGCAAGUUGAUGUAGCUUCCCCCAUGAUUUGUUUAUUUAAAAAUUGCUAUUAAUUUGAGGCAUUGGCUGCUAUUUCAGAACAUAAGUAGAUAUUGACUUAUAAUUUUUUAAAAGCAGUGUGGCAACCUACUCCUGUUACUAUUGUUUCUGAACUUUCAGAGUUUUAAUACCUUACUCUAUAUGGACAGGUCACCACUAACCUUUAAUGUAAAUUGGGUCAAUGAAUAUAACUUUAUUGGAUGCCCUGCUGCUACAGCAGUCGAGAUACAAGUUUUCAGCUGCAGGGUUGUAAUUCUGCAAAAACAAAGAACGUGCACACCCUUCAGACUUUCACACUGAAUGGCUCUUUUGACAUCUGAAGAGGGCCUUUGUAAGAGAACAAAACUAAGGGCAGACAAUGUGAUUGUCCCUUUGCCUUGCCUGACAGGAAUACUAGAACUGAAUCGCCUCAUUUUGAUGGAGCAUUUAUUUGUGGCAAGGAGUAAGCAAGGCCACAUUCCACGUGUAGCCAUAGACAUACAGGAGUCGCUUCCUCAUGGUGUGAUCUCAUGCUGCAGAGGUUUGUGUGAAUCAAGGGACCAUCAGAUGGGCAACACUAACUGAGCCAGGAGCAAAGUGAUUGGGUACAAAAGCUGCACAUAAUUAGCCCCACCCAUAUGGUGGAUUGACCCUCAUGCUUCUCACUAGCAUGGGGUUACACCAUGAGGAAGCAAGUCCCACACUGUUGCAGAGCCAGAUGAGUUUUAAAGGCAUGGAUGCCACUGGCAACUUGGAGUACAAUUGGCUUAGUUGCCUGUUCUGCUCUCGAUAUUCCACUGGAUAAAUCUUAGUACUUUUGUAUUUCACAUCUAUUUUUUUUUAAAAAAAUGGCUGUGAAAGCUUCAAAAGUCACUUUACCUGAGACCCCUGGUUCUAAUUCGCUUAAAUUCCUUUGAGUAUCGCAGAGGCAUAAUUAGAAAGGGGAUUGUAAAUGGGCAAUGAAAAUAGGCUCCUUUGAAAAUGAUUUUUCCCCCUGUCAGCAUUACUCGAUAAUAGUUACGUUCACCAUAUUCAUUUUGCUAAUUGGUGUUUCUGGUUUGGUCUCAGUUGUUCGGAAAGAGUUUCACUCCGUAAAUGGUUUCGAAUAUUGCACAUUUGCUGGCUGGUAAUAAGUUCAAACUGCAAACUGCAUUGUAAAAGCAGUGAGGUAAGAGAGAAGUACCAAAGAGCGGUUUGGUGAUUUUGCAUUUGUAGAAAGUCUCUAUUUUGAAUCGGGGUAAUUAUGUAGUUCACAGAAAUGUUUCUAGCAGCUCACAUAAAUAUUUCUUUGGGAAAUGAACUGACAACUUCUCUUGUCAGUUUAAAUGUGAAAUCUCUCCCUCUCUCAUUGAAAGGGUUAUGAUCUGUGCUUAUGUGGAAGAGAUACUGUUUGUUCACAUUCUGGAAACUUGAAGAGUUGAUGCCAGGAUUAAAUUAAACAUACAUUCCAGUAGAAA